GACGUCAAAGAAGAUUUAAAGCGCACGAGCCCAUUUUUUGGUCUCAGAGGAAAAAAGGAUGAAUUUGAUGCCAAAAGAUCAAGCUCAUUUUUUGGUCUAAGAGGCAAAAGAGAAAAUUUCGAUGAAAAAAGAUCAAGUCCUUUCUUUGGCUUAAGAGGAAAAAAAGAUUUUGACGAUAAAAGAUCAAGUGCUUUCUUUGGUUUAAGAGGGAAAAAAGAAGAUUUUGAUGAUAAAAGAUCAAGUCCUUUCUUUGGCUUAAGAGGUAAAAAAGAAGAUUUUGAUGAUAAAAGAUCGAGUCCUUUCUUUGGCUUAAGGGGGAAAAAAGAUUUUGACGAUAAAAGAUCAAGUGCAUUUUUUGGUUUAAGAGGAAAGAGAGAAGAUUUGGAUGAAAAACGAUCGAGUGCUUUCUUUGGUUUAAGAGGAAAAAAGGACGAAUUUGACGACAAAAGAGCCAGCCCAUUUUUCGGCUUAAGAGGAAAAAAAGACGAAUAUGACGACAAAAGAGCAAGCCCAUUUUUUGGCUUAAGAGGAAAAAAAGAAGAUUAUGACAACAAAAGAACAAGUCCCUUUUUCGGUCUACGAGGGAAAAAGGAUUUAGAUGAAAAAAGAGGAAGUACCUUUUUCGGUCUAAGAGGAAAAAAGUUUAGCUAUGAAGAUGCGGAAGAAAAACGAUCGUUCCAUGCUCUUCGCGGAAAAAAGGGCGCCUCUGAUAUCGAGAGUUAUUUAGAUGAUUUUAGGCACGCUUAUGACAGUCAAUCUAAAGGGUCCGGAAUGCCUUUCUUUGAUGAAAAUAAAAGAGCUAGAUCAUUUUACGGCCUGCGUGGGAAGCGAAUUGCUGAAAGGAGCAGCAGUGAGGCCUCAAAUCAGGAGUGGACUGAUGCUAUAUCGUCAUAAGAAGAAAAACACAUAUUAGCCGUUUUGACUUAAGGUUAACUGAGCUAUUUCACCUGAUCUGUAUUUUAUUCUGACUGUCAUAUAUCGUUUGUGAUAUAGCUGAUAAAUCAAUAAAACCUAUCAAUUCCCCACUGAUCGAUUGUAUAGAUUUAGAACAAUUCGAUAACGCUGUUAGUUUUUGGACUUUAUUUCAUAGUUCUAUUAUUAAUUAAAAAUUUAAAUUUCUACCUCCCAAAAUCUGAAAUUAAUAAUUUAACGAAUUCGCUGUAUAGUAGUUAUUAUUCUUGUCUUAUGGGUGACAAAUCUCUUUGACAAACAUAUAUAUAUAUAUAUAUAUAUAUUGUUGCUACAAACAAUGUUGCUACGGAAAUAAUAAAAUCUCCGUAUUGAAAAUAA